AUGUGCCCGCUCCGCAAGAUGCCGUCCCUGCGCUGGCGAUGUUUAGCCUCAUCAGGCAAUCUUCGCAGCUCAUCACGAGCUUUUGUGGCUCCUGUCGCAACCACUUGGAAUGUGAUGGCUUCGGAACCUGAUUACAAAGCUCUGGCAGCAGAGAGCAUAUUGCAGCAUGGUUUUGUUCUGUUGCAUGAUCUGUUUCUUCCCGAUGAACUCUGUCGGCUUACCACACCAGCGACUUCCAACACUGAAAGAGUGCUGUCAAUGCUCCGUGCAAAGGGCGUAGACCUGCCAGUGGGCAGUCGAGCAGGUUUCCAUGAGGUCGUGCUCCGGUCUCCCGGCCGAUACGAUGUUCCCUGCGACUUCGAAGUAUUCCCGAAAGAACUGCUGGAGAAAUUCGAGUGUAUUGCCAACGAGCUCCUCGCCGAGACCGAGAUAUCCGAGACCCAGCGGCGAAGCCGAAAGGUCUUCGCAGGCACAGUGCGUGCGUUACCUGGCUCCGAGCGCCAGAUCUGGCACGCCGACUCGCCGCAUGUGUCGUCCGAACAUAAAGGCCCCCACCUGCUGAAUGUUCUUGUGGCCACACGGAAUCUUUCAAAGAAGAUGGGUCCCACGGAGCUUGUGCCGGGAUCGCACGUCCUCACCAACCACUUGCAUCCAAAAGCUCAGUUCUCCACGGAGCUCCUCUACCAGCGCGUCGGCAACUGCCCAGACAAAAUCGGAGCCAAGCAGCUUCCAGUCGCCGCUGAGAUGGAUGCGGGGAGUGUCUUGAUCUUCGAUGACCGAAUCUUACACCGAGGAGGUGAGAACGUUUCGGUCGAGAACCGCGACGUCGUCUUCUUCUCCUAUGCUCGUUUGGAUUUCGAUCCUGAGACCCAUUACGAAGCCGUCCGCUCUCUAAACUCCUAUGACCAUUAUAAGCUGAGCGAAACCGUGAGGAAAGAGUUUCCGGGUCUUCGCAGUGGUCUGAGGGAUGCACCGGUCCUGGCAGACGGGGCAAGUGGCUCACAGCUCCAUGAAUCCGCCAUCCAGGCUGUGCAGGAUCAAUUGACAUAUGGCAUAGCCAACAUUGGUGGUGCUUACGAGUCCAGUUCCCGGGCCGAGGCGGCCGUCUCCACAGCGCGCUUGGCGGCGUCCGACUUCCUGGGAUGUGAUGCGCAGGAGGUCGUGUUUGGCGCCAGCAUGACUGCCUUGGUCCUUCACCUGGCCCGAGCCUUGGGGCCAGCCCUCCACGCCUCGGCCGCCACGCCUCGCAAUGUCGUGCUGGAUCCCAUGAGCCACGGUGCCAAUGUGUGGCCCUGGCUGAAGCUUGCUGCUGGGCUUGGAGCCGAGGUGCGCUGGUUACCUGUCUUAAAAGACUGCCUUUGUCUGGAUACCAGCGACCAAGCACUCGGUACCGUAAUCGACAGAAACACAUGCUUUGUGGCCGCGGGAGCCGCCUCCAAUGGUGUUGGGUCGAUUCACGACGUCCAGCAGCUCUGCCAAGCUGCGAAAGAGCUCUCAGAGGAAAGGGCCUUGACUUUUGUGGAUGCUGUGCACUUUGCUCCUCACAGUCACGUCAACGUGCAUCGCAUCGGCUGCGAUUUCUUGGUUUGCUCUCCGUACAAGUUCUUCGGCCCGCACGCAGGCAUCCUCUUCGGACGGCGCCGACUCUUGGAGUCUUUGCCAGCAGAUCGCUUGGACUGCUCCGAUGACUCCUUGCCGAGCAUGGCCAACGGCCACAUGUCUCGCUGGGAAGUCGGCACCCAGAACUACGAGGCACUGGCAGGCGUCACUGCUGCCGUGAACUACCUGGCCGAUUUGGGCCACCGCUUCGGAGGAGCUUCUCCAAGCGCGCCACGCCCAGAGCGCCUGGAAGCAGGUUGGCAUGCCAUCGAGGCUCACGAGAAUGAUCUGAAGCGGCGCUUCUUGGAAGGCUUGCAGAGCAUCCGGACAGUCCACCUGUUGGGGGAAGAGGAUCCGACCCAAAUCGCGCAUCGCACUGCCACCUUCGCCGUGUGCAAGGAAAGCCUCGCACCACAGGAGCUUGCCAAGAGGCUCUGCAGCAGGGGCAUCUGGUGCACUGCUGGCAACCACUAUGCUGGGUUUUGGGAAGCACACAGCGGCGGCCUUGCGACCAACGAGGAGGGAAUGGCUCGCUUGGGCUUGUUGCACUACAACUCCGUCGGCGAGGUGGAUCGUAUCCUCGCGGCUCUUGAGGACGCAUGA